AUGAAGCAACUUCCGAACGAGAUGGUCCGCCAGAUGGCCGGCAUCCUUCGCGAUGCCAGCGAUUUUCCUACCCUCCUCGAAUGCUCCCUCGUCUGCCACGUAUGGAAUGACAUUUUCCGUCCGUACACCGUCCACACCGUCGUCGUACGCGCGCAGAACUUCUACACACGGUUGGAAUUCCUGAACUUCACCGCCCCCCACCUCAGCAAGCAUAUCGUCGAACUCACCCUCCAAUGGGACGACUGCAUCCUCGAUACCCCCGAAUGGAUCCCGGGCUGCCUCCUCCGACUCCACGGCCUGCGCGCUUUACGGCUCAAGAAUUACCGUGCUGCUCCUCCGCCAAUGGUCCCGGCGCCGUUCGCCUUGGGUAUCUUGUCUCUGAUAGCCGCCGUCCCGCUCAAAGCUCUUUACCUAGAAAGCUGGAGCUUCCUGGAGGAUGCCUCCGAUUUACUGCGCAUCCUUUCGUGCUGUUCGGGCAGCCUCGAGGAUCUAUUCAUCCAGAAGACUGCUUAUGAUCACGGCACGAUAGCGGAUGAUGGGGGAACGGUACUUGGUGGAGGAACAGUAUUGUCAACCGUAUGUUUGGAAUCCCUUCGGAUUCUGCGGCUCUUUGAAUGGAUUGGGAGCGCCCCGCUGCCCACGACAGAGCUCUUACAAUGCCCGAACCUCGAGCGCUUGGAAAUCACUCGUACUCAUGCGGGACCUUGGGAUAUUCCAUCGUGGAUUCCGGCUGGGUUAUCAGAGCUUGUGUUGCAAGUGGAGCCUGGGACGUGGAUGCCAGGCCUGGGGUCGUCCAUCCGUCCCUCUCGGCUCACCAUUGAUAUAACCAAUCAGGGAUAUUCAAUCGCCACAUACCUCGAAGUCAUGGAAUGGGUGGAGGACUGCAUUGAUCAUCACAUCCCAUUUCCUGAUCUCCUCCGAUAUCUUACCGUCAAAAUCAACACCUAUCCCCGUUCGCUAGGGCCACACCAUUCCCCCGAGCUCGAGGACUACGUAGCAAUGUCUGCAGCCCUGCAGCAGAUUCACGAGCGCCUGAACCUGGAGCGCAUCACGGUGAACAUCGUAUACACUACAGACGAAGGGGACACUCGAAUUGACGGUCCACUCGAGCUCACGAAGCUGGACGUUGCGUUCUCGCAGCUGGUGGAUACAGGCUUGUUCUAUGUCACGUUCGAGUGGUCUGACGGGCACGAGCGGACGCUCCUGCAGCAUGUCUUCCAGCACCUGGAGCUCCACAUGGCUGCCUAG